AUGGCAUCCGCAUACAAAUCAGCCAUGCGCUCUGGCCAUCUCUCAGAGUCCGACUCGGACUCCGAAUCAGUGUCGUCUGAACAAAGCAGCAACACCGUAGAAGCAGAAUCGGACGGAAAUGAACAAGCGAGUUCGAAGCAAAAGGAAAAACGCAAUGGUCUCUCUUCUGUACCAGCCGAGGUCAGAAAUCGCAUUCUGAUGCUCACAUCUCGAGGAGUCUCGUAUCGACACCGUCACCUUCUUAGCGACUUACAUUCUCUCCUCCCACAUACCUACAAGGACACCAAACUCGACACAAAAUCGUCCAACAACUACAACUCGGCCCUCAACGGUCUAGCCGACCUCCAUUCCUGCAACUACGUCUUCUUCCUGGAGGCGCGGAAACACGGGCAAGAUUUGUACUUGUGGCUGGCGCGGGCUCCCAACGGGCCCACGAUCAAAUUCAGCGUGACGAACGUACACACCAUGGCGGAGCUCGGGUUCGGAGGCAACUGCCUGAAAGGGGGAAGAGGCCUGGUGGUUUUCGACAAGAGUUUCGACGAACAAAUUGCGGGCCAGGAACACCGAUCCUUGAUCCGGGAGAUGCUACGAGGCGUAUUCUGCGUGCCUCCAAAGGGCGUCAGGGGCAUGAAGCCGUUCGUCGAUCGCAUCAUCGGCAUCUACGGCCUCGAUGGCAAGAUCUGGGUCCGAAUCUACGAAAUCCGUGAAGCCGAACCGGACAAGGCAAACCCCACAGAACAGCACGGCAAAGGCGCAGGCGCAGACGUUUCCUUGGUCGAGAUCGGACCCCGCUUCGUCCUUACGCCCGUGGUCAUACUGGAAGGAAGUUUCGGCGGGCCCGUCAUCUUUGAGAACAAGCAAUUCGUCAGCCCCAACCAGCUACGCGCCGAGACGAGGCUGAAGAGAGCCGGAAGGUACGCAAGCAGGAAAGGAGGUGCGGAGGAACUCGCCAUCAAGAAGAAGAGUCUAGGAAUCAAGCCAGGGAUGAAGAGGAAGGUUUCGGCUCUGGACAACUCUCGGCUCUUUGGUUGA